AUCAACGGAAAGUUACUUGGGGCUGGCCUGAGCAGGGAGGCUGCGGCAGAGUUUGGGCUGAACCUUUGGGGGAGGCAGGUGGUGAGAUCCCCCAGCAGACAGGCACUGGAGAGUUUCGGUCCGCGACCUAGGGGACCACCUGCAUUUGGUUCACUUCCUGGCCACGCCCCAGGUGACCAGCCUCAGGCCACGGCCAAGCCCAGCUCCUUGUCUUGGGGCUGCCAGGAAAACAUGGAAGUCUCAUCACAGUGAAGACAGGUUGGAUUUUUCCCUUCUGCCAAGUAGCAAGACUUUUCCCCUUGGUUUUCAUGUGGUGGAUCCAGAGCCCCUCUGGCCUGCUCCCCUGAGAUGGACUUGGAUGAAUGAGAAGAGCUGGGCCCCCGAAACUGCCCACUGCCCUCUGCCCUCUGCCCCUGCCCCUGCCACCGCUGCCUGAGGUGAAGUUUGGGCUUGGAGAGACCUCGGUUAACAGAGACCUCAGCCAUGCAAAAGAAAGAAAUAGACUGCUUGAGUCCCGAAGCUCAGAAACUGGCGGAAGCCCGGCUCGCAGCCAAGAGAGCGGCCCGAGCUGAGGCUCGAGAGAUCCGAAUGAAGGAGCUGGAGAGACAGCAGAAGGAGAUCUAUCAGGUUCAAAAGAAAUAUUAUGGGCUGGAAACAAAAUGGGGUGACAUCGAGCAGUGGAUGGAAGAGAGCGAGCGAUACUCUCAUAGAUUCCGAAGAAAUCCAUCGGCUUCUGAUGAAGAUGAGCGCAUGUCAGUGGGUAGUCGCGGAAGCCUAAGGACGAACGGUCACGAUGCAGACCUGUAUGGAUCCUCGUCCCUGAAUAGAAAAUCUAGCAGGAGUUCCAGAUCCAGCAAGGAAAGCAAAGUGCCCAGCAGGUUGUCAUCCAGGGAGGAGAAGUUGGGUUCCUACUACUCUGACCUCGGACUUUCCUACACCAGCCUUCCCUCCAGACCCCUGUCAGCUUCCCAAAAUGGAGCUCGGUCUUCCUUUCUUUACCGUGAUGUUAAGGCUGCCUGGCGUUACAGGGCAUCUCUGUAUGAUGAGAGCAUAUACAGUGGGAGCCGACGAUAUAGCGCCUCCAAUUCACAUCCACCCUCUGAGUACAGCGGCUACCUGGGCUCCGGAUCUCGGGCAUCGUCCAGAGCCAGCUCGGCCCACGGAAGUCCAGUGGUUGAAGAGAGGCCGGAAAAGGACUUUGCUGAGAAGGGAUCUCGUAACAUGCCCAGCUUAUCGGCAGCCACGUUGGCUUCUCUGGGCGGAACCUCCUCUCGGAGGGGCAGCGGGGACACCUCCAUCUCUGUGGACACCGAGGCCUCCAUGAGGGAAAUCAAGGAGAUCAAUGAGUUAAAGGACCAGAUUCAGGACGUAGAAGGCAAAUACAUGCAGGGCCUGAAAGAAAUGAAGGACUCCCUGGCUGAAGUCGAGGAGAAAUACAGGAAGGCCAUGGUUUCUAAUGCCCAGUUGGACAAUGAAAAGACCAACUUCAUGUACCAGGUCGACACCCUAAAGGAUGCCUUGUUGGAACUGGAAGAACAGUUGGCCGAAUCUCGAAGACAGUAUGAAGAGAAAAACAAAGAAUUCGAGAGGGAGAAACAUGCCCACAGCGUCUUACAGUUUCAAUUUGCUGAAGCAAAAGAGGCCUUAAAGCAAAGAGAAGAGAUGCUGGCGGAAAUCCGGCAACUGCAGCAGAAACAGGAGAGUUAUAUCAGGGAGAUUUCUGAUCUUCAGGAAACAAUAGAAUGGAGAGACAAAAAGAUAGGGGCAUUAGAGAGGCAGAAAGAAUAUUUUGAUUCCAUCCGGAGUGAACGAGAUGAUCUUCGAGCCGAAGCGAUCCUGCUGAAGGAGGAGCUGAAGAAACAUGGAAUAAUCCUGAAUUCUGAAAUCACCACCAAUGGAGAGCCUCUAGAUAAUCUAAGUAACGUGAGCCACCUGGGAUCUCCCAAGAUGUCACAACAGGAAACAAAUGCCCUAAAGUCAUCCGGUGAUGGGACACUCGGAAGAGCCAGUGAAGUGGAGGUGGCCAGUGAGAAUGUGGACAAAGUGGGGGAAAGCCCGGUCUUGCAGCCCCAGGCGGAUUCUGCAGAGGCAGGUGUGGACACAAAGGCCCUACCUCCAGAUGGCAAUGCAGAGGCAGAAAACCCCCCGCAAGACCAUACCAUGGUGCCAGAAACAUUAGCCAAGGAUCCAACCCAUGUGCUAGAGACUCAUUCUGUCCCUGAAAAUUCCAGCGAACAGGUUGAACCCGGAGAGGGUGGAGACAGACUGGGGGCUGGCAUAGAAUCCAAUCACCUCAUUGAUUUAAAGAGUAAUAAUAUUGAUCAGAAUCAAGAACCCGCAGGGAGCCCUUAUUUUCCAGGUGAUGAGAUUAGCCAGGACGGGGACAGUUCCUUAGAUGCUCAAAAUGAAAAGAAAGAAUUAGUAGAAAAGCAGAAAGAGGGAAAACCAGAGGAAGAGGGCAGCAGGAAAUUAGCUGAGGAAGCUGAUCUUUUGGGGACACCAGAUAUAGAAAGAACAGACACAGGGAUUGAGGAACCAAGUGAGAAUCAUUCAGAAAGCUUGCUUGAAGGGAUGGAAGCCAAAGACGGGACACAGGUGAACACAGAAGCAGACAGCGAAAGGGCUGAAGAUGGAACAGUUAGUGGGGAUGAAAAAUGUGCAAAUCUCACAAAAGGGGAACCAAAUACAGAGGAAGCAAAGCAGUUCAUAAAGGAGGAGCCAAUCCAGACAAUCCUGUCUUCAAAACUCCAGAGCAGUCAGCCAGAAAAAAUGGGCAAGAGGGUCAUAGUGGGCGAAAAUGAAUGCUCAGAACAGAACAUGCCCACAGCUCAAAGAGAAGGCCAGAAAGGGGAAAUAUGUGACUCUUCAUCCAAAAAGUCCAAGAACAAGAAAAAGAAAAACAAGAAGAAAAAAUCACCCCCUGCAGACUCUUCCGAAGACGUUAAGAAAGAGUUGGUCUUCCAAAACACAGAGGAGGAGGAGGAAGAGGAAGUGAAGUUGGAAGCCAAGGAUCAAGCCCAGGACACUCUUGGCAAGGGGGCCCAAGAGGAGAAGCCAGAAACAAGGACCAAUCUCGAGGAAUACGUGGAUUGUCCAGAAGAAGCCAAAGCUGACUUAGACGACAACCCGAAUCAGGAAGUUGAUAAAGCCAAGACUCCUGAAGGAGGCAUAGAUGGUGACAGCAAAGUAUCUGAGCUUGACGAUGAUGCAGCCCAUCCACUGGGAACUGGUGGCAAGGGAGAGGUCAAUUCCUCAGAGGCUGCUGAGGCUGGAAGCAUAGGAGAAGCAUCCAUCCCUGCCAAGAAAGCAAUAGAGCAAAGCCAGAUAUCCAAACUGGAGAAUCAAGGAGCAGCGGGCAGCAGGCCUAAACACGAAGAUGUGCCAUCAUCUCCUAGUGAUAGUCCUCCCACCGAGACUAUGGAAGAAAACUCUGAGCAAUCAGAUGAGCAGCCAGAGACAGCUGAGGAAGCGUUAGAAAGUAAUAGCCUAGAUAGUGAUGAGCUUGAAGACCCAGUGGGCAGCUCCAAGGCAGAGAGCAAAGAGGACGCCCAGGAUAGGACCAGUAAGGGCAAAGAUAAAAAUAAAGAAGAAUGCACCAUGUCAUGAGUCAGGGCAGGAGGCUCAUGGCAGCUGUUGUAGUGGGAAGACAGCUGGAAGGGAGAAAGGCACUUGGCAGAAAAAGUCAUAUUACAGGAAAACAUAGGGGUUUUCUCUCCUGGUGACAACCCUAGAGUCUAGGUUGGUCUGUAUGCACUGUGUGGCAAUCAGUGACCGAAUCAUUCUUGUUUAAUCUUUUAUCGGGUUCAGUCAAUCAUUGUGUUUGUCACCUAGAUUUUAAAGAGGAGGCAUGGCUAUACUGCUAUGAGCUCAGGUUGAAAGAAUGAGCAGAGAACCAAAUAACUAUUAUUAAUGUUCAUUGCUUUAGUUUCCAGCUCCAAGUCAAGGCAGCCUCAGCAUCCUUAAUUUCUGCUCUAAGCCUGUAGACACAUGUGGCCGUGCUUGGUCAUGAGUGACGCCAUUUUAUUGUAAAGACCAGACUGCCCUUCACCUGUAACUGAUUGAUUCUCACUUGGGUUUGUCUCUAAUUCCAAUGUCUUCUAUUUAUCUAUCAUUCCUAGUAUAUUUAUUUUAAUGGGCACCUUGUGACAGAUACCACAGCUGAUUUCAGGGCAAUAAGCUGCCAGAUAAUAUUUAGGUCACUGAGUGAUAAGGUUUGUGCCUUAUGGAAAUGAAAGUUCAUUUAGACCAGUGAAGCUCAGAUGCCUUCAAGACCUGGAGGAGUCUUGAGGUCAGAUCACAUCUGGACGUGCUGACCUAGGCACUUUACCCUCGGUCAAGCCUUGGGGGCCAUAUUACCAAUCAUUCCUUGACAUAUAGAGAUAUUUUUUGUUUGUUUAUUUGGAGGGGGGAAUUAUUCCAUUUUAUGUGCACAUAUAUUUUAUAUACAGCGCUACUGAGAUAGAUGGAGUUUUUUUUUCCUAAAAAAGAUAUUUGUUAAAUUCAUUUCCUAGUACUUUUAAUUUCUAGCAAGAGCACAUUUUUGAAAUGAUAGCUUACCUUGAAGAUAUCCUUGAUCCUUUUGGCUAAUCCUCUUUGAGUGUCUAACCUUCAUUAACAAGUGCUAUGCCCAAAGUUAUAACUAUCACUGUGCAGAUUCCUAACCCCUAAUGAGCAAGAGAAGGUGGAGACAGUUGAAUCAGUCUUGACUGCCACCUGCACUAUCAACCCAGUUUUGCUGGUACGUUCAGAAUUUGGUCUGCACACAGGCCCCUGUGUGUUUGCUGCAUAAUGAAAUGUUCUUUUUAGAUGUUUUUGAAUAUUGAAAUCAAAGUGUAUUCACACAUGAAUGUCAUUGCCUUUUAUUUGGACAUGUUUAUGUGGUUGUUAUAGCUGUUACAAAUCAUUGAAUACAACCAGACCAAAGUUUUAUCAACAUUUGAGGUGUAUAUGAUAAAUUUUGUAUAUAAUUGAAAUAAAGACAUUUUAUAAUUUUAAAA